UCAUUUCGUUUCGCUUGGCUUUUUGGUCCUACGGUGUCGCCAUACCAUCUGACGUCACUCUAAAGCGACAAGUAACAAUGGGUCAAAGCCAGAGUGGUGGACACGGUCCAGGGGGAGGCAAGAAGGAUGACAAGGAUAAGAAGAAGAAGUAUGAGCCUCCUAUUCCCACCAGAGUUGGGAAGAAAAAGAAGAAGACCAAGGGACCAGAUGCUGCCAGUAAACUGCCAUUGGUGACCCCUCACACUCAAUGCCGCUUGAAGCUGCUGAAGCAGGAGCGAAUCAAAGAUUACCUACUGAUGGAGGAAGAGUUCAUCAGGAACCAGGAACAGAUGAAACCGUUAGAAGAAAAACAAGAGGAGGAGAGGUCAAAGGUUGAUGAUCUCAGGGGAACCCCUAUGUCUGUGGGAACUCUGGAGGAAAUUAUUGAUGAUAAUCAUGCCAUUGUUUCCACCUCAGUGGGAUCAGAGCACUAUGUCAGCAUCCUGUCCUUUGUGGACAAGGAUCUGCUGGAGCCAGGGUGUUCUGUUUUGCUCAACCAUAAGGUUCAUGCUGUGAUUGGUGUACUGAUGGAUGACACAGAUCCCUUGGUGACAGUAAUGAAGGUGGAGAAAGCUCCACAAGAAACAUACGCUGACAUUGGUGGACUGGACAAUCAGAUCCAGGAGAUCAAGGAGUCAGUGGAGCUGCCUCUCACACAUCCUGAGUAUUAUGAAGAGAUGGGUAUUAAGCCACCUAAAGGCGUCAUCUUAUAUGGACCACCUGGCACAGGCAAGACGCUGCUCGCUAAGGCUGUGGCAAAUCAGACAUCAGCUACGUUCCUGCGUGUGGUGGGAUCAGAGCUUAUCCAGAAAUACCUGGGAGAUGGACCCAAGCUGGUGCGAGAGCUCUUCAGGGUGGCAGAGGAACACGCACCCUCCAUUGUCUUUAUCGAUGAGAUUGAUGCAAUUGGCACUAAAAGAUAUGACUCCAACUCUGGAGGCGAGAGAGAAAUCCAGAGGACCAUGCUUGAGCUUCUCAACCAGCUGGACGGCUUUGACUCAAGGGGAGAUGUGAAAGUUAUUAUGGCUACCAACAGGAUAGAAACUCUGGAUCCAGCCCUCAUCAGACCUGGGCGAAUCGACCGUAAGAUUGAGUUUCCUCUGCCAGACGAGAAAACCAAAAGGAGGAUCUUCCAAAUCCACACCAGCCGCAUGACAUUAGCAGAUGACGUCACCCUCGACGACCUCAUCCUGGCGAAGGACGACCUAUCGGGAGCAGACAUCAAAGCCAUCUGCACAGAAGCAGGCCUCAUGGCUCUGCGUGAGCGCCGUAUGAAAGUCACCAAUGAAGACUUCAAGAAGUCCAAGGAGAAUGUCCUGUACAAGAAGCAGGAGGGCACACCCGAGGGGCUUUACCUCUAACCUUCAAGCGUUGACCUUUCCCCUCCUCCCACCCCCCAACUCCGAUCUGUCGCCGUGUGAAAGAGAGGAGGCGGCGCUGCUGUGGCUGUCGUCCGCCUCCCCAGAGAGAGUUUUGAUAUAUUUUGUGCAUGUCAUAUCUGGCUUAUCCCACUCUCCUGUUACUGUUGUGUUAAGAUAAUAAAUAAACACCAAAAUAUCUGCCCAUA